AUGGCAGGGAAAGCCAUGCUUAUUAAGCAGCUGGUGGAGCUGGAACACCAGCCGCGAUCACACGCGAGGGUCGGUAUUAGAGGUGACCCGGGGCCGGAACAGGCCGGCGAGCCCGGAGGUGGAGUGGGAGCAAAGAGGAAAGCAAAGAGGAAAGCAAAGAGGAAAGCAAAGAGGAAAGCAAAGAGGAAAGCAAAGAGGAAAGCAAAGAGGAAAGCAAAGAGGAAAGCAAAGAGGAAAGCAAAGAGGAAAGCAAAGAGGAAAGCAAAGAGGAAAGCAAAGAGGAAAGCAAAGAGGAAAGCAAAGAGGAAAGCAAAGAGGAAAGCAAAGAGGAAAGCAAAGAGGAAAGCAAAGAGGAAAGCAAAGAGGAAAGCAAAGAGGAAAGCAAAGAGGAAAGCAAAGAGGAAAGCAAAGAGGAAAGCAAAGAGGAAAGCAAAGAGGAAAGCAAAGAGGAAAUUUAACUCCAAGGGCUGGCUGGAGAUAGCAGAAGCCAACGCCAGCUUCCGCCGUUCUGGCGGAACUGCGUGGUCAGCUGCUGUGACUGCAUCCAGCGAAGCGCUGUCACCGGGCCCUGCAGGCACGGGAGGACGGCUGGCAGCGUUCAGCUUGUUGACACACGGCCGCCAGUUGACAAGAGUUUUCCACACGGCCAACACUCUUAAUUUUUUACUGUCAGGACAGACAAAUGCACGAUUUGAACAGCAAGCACAAAUAGGUCGUCUGUAG